CAGGGGCUGGGCCUGGGGCUGGGCCUCUAUGCAGAGGUCUGGCUUUUCUGCCACUUCAGGGCCCACCCUCCCCUCCCGCAGUAAAAGUGGGGACAGAAGGAGCUUGCCUGUUGUAGCAGGGGUCUGGGGCACCAUGGCCCAGGCCCUAGGGGAGGACCUGGUGCAAACUUCAGAGCUACAGGAUGACUCCAGCUCUUUGGGAUCUGACUCCGAGCUGAGUGGGCCCGGCCCAUAUCGCCAGGCUGACCGCUAUGGCUUCAUUGGGGGCAGCUCAGCAGAGCCAGGGCCCGGUCACCCUCCUGCAGACCUUAUCCGCCAGCGAGAGAUGAAGUGGGUAGAGAUGACCUCACACUGGGAGAAAACCAUGUCUCGGCGAUACAAGAAGGUAAAGAUGCAGUGCCGGAAAGGCAUCCCCUCGGCUCUGCGGGCCCGGUGCUGGCCUCUGUUGUGCGGGGCCCACGUGUGUCAAAAGAACAGCCCCGACACCUAUAAGGAACUGGCCAAGGCCCCUGGAGACCCACAUUGGAUGGAGACCAUCAGCAGGGACCUGCACCGCCAGUUUCCUCUGCACGAGAUGUUUGUGUCACCUCAGGGUCAUGGGCAGCAGGGGCUCCUGCAGGUACUCAAGGCCUACACGCUGCAUCGGCCCGAACAGGGCUACUGUCAGGCCCAGGGCCCUGUGGCUGCUGUGCUGCUCAUGCACCUGCCCCCAGAGGAGGCCUUCUGGUGCCUGGUGCAGAUUUGUGAGGUCUACCUCCCUGGCUACUACGGGCCCCACAUGGAGGCUGUGCAGCUGGACGCUGAAGUGUUCGCGGCCCUGCUCCGGCGGCUGCUCCCGCGCGUGCACAAGCACCUGCAGCAGGUGGGCGUCGGGCCUCUGCUGUACCUGCCCGAGUGGUUCCUGUGCCUCUUCGCCCGCUCCCUGCCCUUCCCCACGGUGCUGCGCGUCUGGGAUGCCUUCCUCAGCGAGGGUGUGAAGGUGCUGUUCCGUGUGGGGCUGACGCUGGUGCGCCUGGCGUUGGGCACCACAGAACAGCGCCUGGCCUGCCCGGGCCUCCUGGAGACGCUCGGUGCCCUACGAGCCAUCCCCCCCACCCAGCUGCAGGAGGAGGUCUUCAUGUCCCAGGUGCACAGCGUGGCCCUGUCUGAGCGUGACCUUCAGCGGGAGAUCAGGGCCCAGCUGGCCCAGCUGCCUCAGUCAACGUCCGGGCCACCCCCAAGGCCGCAGGCCCGCCUGCCUGGGGCCCAGGCCAUCUUCGAGGCCCAGCAGCUGGCAGGAGCGCGGGGAGGCGCCAGACCCGAGGUGCCCCGAAUAGUGGUGCAGCCCCCGGAGGAGCCCAGGCCACCACGGCGCAAGCCCCAGACCCGAGGCAAGACUUUCCACGGGCUCCUGACUCGGUCCCGGGGCCCUCCUGUUGAGGGCCCCUCCAGGUCUCAUCGAAGCUCCACCUCCUUCCUGGAUACCCGAUUCUGAAGGUCUCACUUCUGAGGUACCAUGGACUCGGCGUCCCCUAACCCCAAGUGCCCGGUUGCCUGAUGCCUGCCCCACAAAUGGGCACCGCACUUUACCGCCGGGAUUUGGCAAAUCAGCUCCCUUCCCGCAGACCGUGUCGGACACAAGGGUGAAGGAAGGUCACGCGGUGUGGUUUCAGGGGCCCAGACCUGCCGUUCUCCCGCGGAGCCGUCCCGGUGCCGGGCCCUUGCAAGAAUGGAACCUGAAGGACUGUGGGGUUAAGGGCAGCUGGCUGGGCGAGGGGCCCCCGCGGGGCUCCUGGGGAGGCCUAGAAUAAAGUCUGGGCAGAAACCUG